GAAGCCAGAGACAAACAUGGAUUUCCCUCCCUCCGCGCGGGAGUUGAAUACACAGGGAAUGUUUGUGUGCGGGUGCGUGCUAGACUAGGGUAACUACAGCGCAGAGUGGAUAGUGUUUAUUUAUGCUCACUGUUGCGUGGGUGGAGAGACCAUGCACCAGCCUGGUUAAUAGUUUCCUUCAUCCCGCUUGCUCACGGCCUUCACUCCUCUCCUCCUCAUCCCUCCUCAUUCCUCCUCCACUCCUCCCUUUCAUCUUCAUCAUCAUCUUCACCAUCACCAUCAUGCCGCCAUUACAGCACUCCUCCUCCGCCUUCGAUCUCGCUGCUGCAAUUCCCUUUGCUGAUCAGACGCCCUCGCCCUUUGACAUAAUGUUCGACCCCACUCUCACCGCCUCGGCCGCAGAGGACCCUGUUCAGCAGCAUCACCAGCAGCGCCAGUGUGCUCCCUCUGCUGCUGCCCCCUUGCCCUCCGAAGCCGACAUAUCUGCGCUCUUUGGGUUGCCACCAACCCAGACAAAGGCUCCGAUGGUUCAGGUGCCUGUAGUGUCCGCGCCGACUCCUCUGGCCCCUCCUGCACACUACUCCCUGCAGCAUCGCCAGCACCAUUCACAGGAACAGACUCCAAUCGCGCCCAUCCCCGCGACUCCUGCAUUCUACGGAGCCCCUUCCUCCACAUCAUUAUCAGCAUCUACAGUGCCAGCAGAUCGUACCAGAAAAACAACGGCACUUCAUCGGUACCCCUCAUAUAGCCCGACUCCUGCGACCUAUAGCGUAGAGCCCCAGCAGCAACCGCAGGAUCAUUCAUACCAUCAUCAUAAUCAUCAUCAUCAUUACCAACACCAACAGCAAUAUCAGCAGCAACAACAACAAGUACAGCAUACCCCUUACCAGCAAUACAAUCCUAAUCAAUACAAUGUCAAUGGCUACAGCGUCGUCAACGCGGAUUAUUCCAACGAAUCGACAUUCUCUGCUGUGGAUUUGACACCCCAGCCAAACCAGACUAAGGCGGACCCUCUGAUGCUCAACGGGCCCUCUCGGUCCAUCUUUUCACGGUUCGGAAGUGGGAAGGCCAGUUCCCCUGGACUGUCGACCGAGAGCCAUGCGACCUUUGCCCCCAAGCUAGCCAAGGUCGCUGCGAGCUAUGUGUCCAGCACGCUGGCCGUUACAUCAACGUUUGCAAGCGAGAAACUCGCGACUGCCUCGACCAAGAUUGCAGAUCUCUGGCAGCAUAACCAGCAUGUCCUCCCUCAGCAGCAGCAGCAGACGCAUAAUCAACAGCAGCAUUACCAGCAGCAAGACCAAGGCAACUUGUACGACUACAACAAUUAUUACACAACUGCACCAACUAUUAAUAACAGCAGUAGCUCGGUCGACCCCAGUACAUCUUCAUAUGAAGGCGGCCAAGCGCUCAACACUGCAAACCAUAACAGCAAUUACAAUUAUCAAUCGUCGUCCUACCAUAACAACAACAACAAUAACAAUAACAAUAACAAUAGCCCGAACCAAAACAACAAUUACGGCGCCAGAAACCCGUUUGCCGCGUCGGCGACCUCCACCCUCUCGAACGCUGCCUCAGUCGCGGGCUCGUACUUGCCCAGUCUGUCCAAGCUCCCAGCUCUGCCUGCUUUGCCAGCCCUUCCCGCCCUCUCUGCUUUGCCGGCGCUUCCUUGGGGCAAUAGAGACAAGAGCCAGCAACUCCCACAGCAACAGCCUCACACUCAGCAACAACCGCAACAACAACAACAACAACAACAGUAUCAGCAACAACAGUAUUCCUCCGAAGGCUACUACAACUCGUACGAGCCAUCCCAGAAUCAGAUGUACCAGCAGCAGCAGCAGCGACAGCAACAACCAGACCUUGCAUACUACAAUAAUUCCACUCCUAGCGAUGGUGGUAUCCUCGCUGGCACAGGUGCUUGGUGGGGUGGGCUCCGGGAUGAAGUGCAAAAGGGCCGGAGGAUGGUUGAGACGGGGGUACAGGCCGGAGUGGCGUGGUGGUGGGAUUCGGACGCGAAGAACCCUAUGAGGAAUGUUGUGUAAAUCGCCGAGCACAAGGGGGAGGGUGGCUGGAGAUACCGAGGAAACAUUUUAUGACAUGCAUGAGUUCACGACUAGGUUGUGUAGGGUCCAUCUUUCUGUAACAUUUAUAUUAUUCAUUUUUCUGAUGCCCUACCUAUCUAC